CCUUACGCGCUGUUCACCAUAAUCGCCGUCAUACCUUGUGUAUUCCUGGAUAUGGUGAUUGGUCAGUUCUCCCAGAGUGGACCAAUCAACGCCUGGAAUAUGUGUCCACCUUUCAAAGGAAUUGGUGUUGGUAUCUUGAUUCUGCUGUGGAUUGUCUUUUCACUUUACAAUGCCAUAUUUUCCUGGUUUGUCUACUUCUUCUACUACUCGUUUUCGUCCACCCUACCUUGGGCCAAUUGCGACAACGACUGGAACACCCCCUCGUGUAUAUCUGACAGUGGCAUCAAUAAGACGUAUAUGAACCACGCGGAAGUUACAAACUGCACCGCCUACAGUCAUCAGGUAAACGUCACUGGAGGAGCGUAUGCUUGUAGAACAGCUGCAGAAGAGUUUUGGAGAUUGCAGGUGUUGCAGUUGACUGAUGGUUUACAUGACAUGGGUGGAGUAAGGUGGCCUCUGGUUCUGUGUCUGGCCAUAACAUACUUGAUUAUGUUUGUUUGCCAGUGUCGAGGAAUCAGGGUGACUGGAAAGCUUGUGUACGUCACUGUUGGCGUUCCGUUUGUCUUGAUCAUCGUCUUCCUCGUCAAGGGAUGUCUACUGCCAGGGUCAGCAGAAGGAAUGUAUUAUUUCAUCAAACCCAACUUCGACAAGCUUACAGAACCAGGGAUAUGGAUUGAAGCAUGCAGUUUUUCUUUAUUUUCCUUGACUGUUGGCCUGGGAUUUAAUUUAACCUUGUCGAGAUACAACAAGAUCAACAAUAACUGUUUAAGAGACGCAGUUUGUGUUUGUAUCGUGGAUAUGUUUGCUACUAUCUUGGUUGGAUUUUCCUUCUUUUCAAUCAUCGGUCACGUUGCCUACCAACGUGGAGUGACAGUGGAGGCUUUUGCAUCAUCGGGUUAG